GAUGCACUACACAGUUUUCGCCUUCCUGCCUGAGAACACUGGAAUGGCAGCCAGACUCUACAUCGAGCUCGGGCUGGGAUCCUUUCAGGGUUUUGUGGUGGCACUGCUUUACUGUUUCAUGAAUGGAGAGGUCCAAACAGAGCUGCGGAGAUGGCUGUGGAAGUGUCACAAUCAAAACCAUCUCACCCCAGCCAAGCGAAGCAUCACUCAGAUCACAGUUCGAGCCCAUGGGGGGCUCAAGCGACCUCCUUCUAGCGGCAACAUCUCCUCAGUAUGAUUUUUAAGAGACCAUCCAUGAGAGGAAAGUUGUUGUGAGAAUAUCAGGCAAAGAGGAAGUCCUCAAACUCAACCUGCUGAUGACAUUAAUUCAACAACCCCUCCGUAAGAGGAGUGUAGUGAUUACAGAAAUGUUGCGCCGGGAUGAAUAACAUCAGUGUAAGCAGCAGUUAGGAUGAUGACAUCACACAUUUCUGAGCUAAAUCACAGUGUCUUCUAUCAUGUGUGCAACCAAAAAAAUACUAAAAAGUAAAAGGACACUGGUGCUUGAUUUGUAAGGAUGUCAUGGUGACGCU